UGAAUCUAUAGAGAACUUUGUGGCCGACUACGAAGGAUAUGCCGCUAUGAAAGACUGUUACGAAGCGAAAAUGAGGCUCGGAUAUUGUAGAAAACAAUGCUAUUGGAAAGAUGUAAAAGCCGCCAUCCUAAAGUCAGGAAAAGCGAAAUACGAUGUUGAGAUGAAGAUCGAAUGUCUGAUGAAUCUCAAACUAAACGAGGAUGAGAGCAUCGUAAAGCGUUGGUACCUAAGAGGGCUUCUAGCAAAGUAUAGAGAAAAAAUAAAGCAGCGUUACCCUGAGACUUAUGAGGAGACAAGAGACUGGGCUAUCAAAAUUGAAAAAUUUGAAAAGAGCGAUGAGUUCGACAUAAAGAAGGCCAGUAUUAUAGAGGAAGAAUCGACAUACCAAACCGAUCCCGCUGUUGAUGAGCUGGCUGAUGCCUUCUCUGACCUCAAGAUCUGUCGAGUUA